AUCACCUUGAUCAUCAACCCAGCUUGCUUCUUCUUCCCAAUCUUGGGUUCAAGGCCUUGACAAGCAUGAAGCUUCUCAUCCUUACCUGCCUUGUGGCUGUUGCUCUUGCCAGGCCUAAACUUCCUCAUAGACAGCCAGAAAUCAUUCAGAAUGAACAGGACAGUAGAGAGAAAGUCCUCAAAGAAAGAAAGUUUCCCAGUUUUGCUCUAGAGUACAUCAAUGAACUGAACAGGCAGAGAGAACUUCUGAAAGAAAAACAGAAAGAUGAACACAAGGAAUAUCUCAUAGAAGACCCUGAGCAACAGGAAUCUAGCAGCACUUCAUCAAGCGAGGAAGUUGUUCCCAUUAACACUGAGCAGAAGCGCAUUCCAAGGGAAGACAUGCUCUACCAACACACUCUGGAACAGCUUCGCAGACUGAGCAAAUACAACCAACUCCAGCUGCAAGCCAUCCAUGCCCAGGAACAACUUCUCAGAAUGAAGGAAAACAGCCAGAGAAAGCCUAUGAGAGUAGUGAAUCAGGAACAGGCCUACUUCUACCUUGAGCCUUUCCAACCAUCCUACCAGCUUGAUGUCUAUCCCUAUGCUGCUUGGUUUCAUCCUGCGCAAAUCAUGCAACAUGUUGCUUACUCACCAUUCCAUGACACUGCCAAACUCAUUGCCUCUGAGAACUCGGAAAAAACUGACAUUAUACCAGAGUGGUGAAGGAUUAAGUGAAUUCUCAGAAACUCCACAAUUAUGGCCCUUGAUGUGACUGAAAAUUCCAUUCUUGAUUUCUCUCCUCAAUGUCGAUCGUGUAAACCCAACCUAUCCCAAGGCUUCAACUGUUAUUUUAGAGUAGGACAAUCCCAAAUUGAGGGUAAUCUUUCUUCCUGAGUUCUCUUCUGUAUAUUAGAUAGCAUAUCUUCCUUUUCUUUAAGUUAAAUUUUCCCGUACAGUUUAUCGUCUGAAUUCCAGUUGUAUUAUGCCAGUAUGAAGGUCACUGAAUCAGAGUGUAUAAAAGUCUUUACUGAGUUUCUAUAUGGGAAUUUUGUUUGAAAAGUCUUUAAAUUGCUUCUUCUGUAAGUGUCAUCAUUUCAAAUAAUUGUGAGCAGUGACUGAGAUUCUUUUCUUCUUUAGAAUAAAUUAUAUUUUAAUGCA